UAGUAACGGAGGUUGUUGAGUUAAAAAACCCUUGGGCUCUCGAAUUCGCCGCGCCUCUUCUGAGAGUUCGUCAGAGACACACUCUUCCCCAAUUUGAAAUUAUUUUUCCAGCUGAUUGCCGAGUAAAUCAAGGUAGUUAUGGAGACUGUUUCAGAGAUUGGAAACUCAAAUGACUGUGUGAAUAAUCCUGAGAGUGAUAAGCAUAAGGAGAGAUCGGGAAAAAAGAAGAGGAAAUCAAGGAAACAUGAAAGUGAGUUGAAGAAUGAUGAUUCUCAUAUCAGUAGCCAGAAUGGUUACGCAGAUGGGGCUUUUUCAUCUGAAGAGCAAAAAGAGGGGGAAACAGAGAAAUCCACCAGUGAAAAUCAAGUCCAGUUAUCUGAGAAUCGUGUAUCUACACUACCUGCAGCUACACUACAUCAUGCAGAUCCAAUUAUGUCAACAGGAGAAGAUUCACUACCAGAUGCUAAUAAGAAUGGUUCCAGUAGAAAAAAAUCAAAAAGGAGAGAGAAGAAAAAGAAAGAGGAGGCUUCCUGUGAAGAGAAAAUGUUGGAUGAUGUAGAAAAAAUCACCAACGAAGACCAAGUGCAGCCACCCAACACUCUGUCAAAUGGUAUAAUACAAGAAGGGUCACACGAACAAACUCAAGUUUCAUGUGAAAAACCUGGAGCAGCACAACUUUGUACCGGCCCUAAUUUUUCAGUGCAAGAAGAUUCACAGCCAGAUGGUACUAGUUUGACUUGUUCCCAGAAAAGAAAGAGAGAAAAAAAGAGGGAUAGAAACGCACUGAAGGAAAGUGAUGUUGAUAUUCAUAGUACCAAUGCAGGGGUUGCUGUAAAGUACAAUACUAUUACUGAAGCUGAAGGAUCAAAAUCGAUGAGUAAAGAGGAAAACUCUGUUCCUAGUGUUGUGAUAAAUAGUUGUCUGCAAUCCAAGGAUGAGACUGUGGAACAACAAGAGUGCACAGAUGUUAAACUCAGUGAGGCUGUGGCCCAAACUCAAAGUCCAAAAGCCAAGAAAAGGAAGAAGAGAAAGAAUAAAACAGCGGAGGUCUCUGAUCCAUUAGGAAAUAUUCUGCCAACCUCCACCAAAAGCGGGUCAGUAGAGUGUGUGGAAAAUAAUGAUGGGAAUAAAGAAACUGAUGGGAAUACCGAAGUUAAAGAAUAUGUUCUUGAACUUAAAUGUGAUACUACUUCUGAAGCUGACGGAUCAAAACCGAUGAAUAUAGAGGAAAAAUCUAUUGCUAGUGUUGUCAUAAGUAGUUGUCCGAAAUCCAAGGAUGAUACAGUGGAACAACAAGAGUGCACAGAUGUCAAACUCAGUGAAACUGUGGCCCAAACUCAGAGUCCUAAAGCCAAGAAAAAGAAGAAGAGAAAGACCAAAACAGUGGAGGCGUGUGAUCCAUUAGCCUCCACGAAAAGCGGGUCAGCAGAGUGUGUGGAAAUUAAUGAUGGGAGCAAGGAAACAGAGGGAAAUACUGAAGUUAAAGAAGACGUUCUUGAAGUUAAAUACGAUACUAUUUCUGAAGUUGAAGAAUCAAAAUCGAUGAGUAAAGAGGAAAUAUCUGUUGCUAGUGUUGUGAUAAGUAGUUGUCCAAAAUCCAAGGAUGAUGCAGUGGAACUACAAGAAUGUACAGAUGUCAAUGAAACUGUGGCUCAGAAUCCUAAAGCCAAGAGAAGGAAGAAGAGAAAGACCGAAACAGUGGAGGUCUGCGACCCGUUAGGAAAUACUUUGCCAACCUCCACGAAAAGCGGGUCAGCAGAGUGUGUGGAAAAUAGUGAUGGGAGCAAGGAAACAGAUGGAAAUACUGAAGUUAAAGAAGACGUUCUUGAAGCUAAGUACGAUAAUUCUGAAGCUGAAGAAUCAAAAUCGAUGAGUAAAGAGGAAAUAUCUGUUGCUAGUGUUAUGAUAAGUAGUUGUCCAAAAUCCAAGGAUGAUACAGUGGAACAACAAGAAUGCACAGAUGUCAAUGAAACUGUGGCUCAGAAUCCUAAAGCCAAGAGAAGGAAGAAGAGAAAGACCGAAACAGUGGAGGUCUGCGACCCGUUAGGAAAUACUUUAUCAACCUCCAUGAAAAGCGGGCCAGUAGAGUUUGUGGAAAAUAAUGAUGGAAAUGGUGGGCGAGAGUUAGUUAGUUAUCCAGCAAGUCAGAGAGAAAAUUCUGUAACUGGGGAGGGAAGUGGUUUACAGAAUCUCGGAAAAACUGAAGAGAAGGAAACAGAUGAAAAAACUAGAGUUAAAGAGGACGUUGUUGGAGCAGGUGUAUGUGAUGUAAGGAGCAAAAAACAGAAGGGGAAGAAGAAUAAAACGUCAUAUGCAGGUAUUGAAGUCUAUGAGCCAUCAGUAUCUGUUGGGUGUUUGUUGGAUCAUUCAGACGAAAAAGACAUGCAAAAUUGUGAUGGAAAUGCCGGACAACAGUUUGGGGGAGAGGAUAUGACAAGUAAAACUGAAAAGUCUGUAAUGAGAGAGAAAAGUGGAGUUCAGAAAUCUGGAAAACGUAAAGAAAGGACAAAAGAUGAAAAUAUUGUAUCUAAUCAGGAUACAAUUGGAGCAGAAGGUGAUAGUGACGUUGCACGCAAAAGACAGAAAAGGAAGACAAAAAAGAAAACAAAUUGCGAAUCAGUAGCCAUCAUGGAUAGCGACUGUUUGUUGUAUCAAUCAAAUAGAGAAGGUGUGGAAAAUUGCGAUGGGAAUGCUGAUGGGGAGAUUGCCAGUAAGGAUUUGGCUAGUAACAUUGAAGAUUCUGCAACUAAGAAGGAAAGUGUUCAGGAUGUUGAAAAUACCAAAAAAAAGAAAAAAAAUAAAAAGGAAGAAGUUGAUCAGAAUGCCUUGGGAGCAGAAGGUGUUAGUAAGGUUGAGGGCACAACAAAGAAACGCAAGAGGAAGAAAAACCUGUCAGAUCAUAAAACAGACAAUAUGGAGGACGACAGUAAAAAGAUAAAUGAUGAAAAUGGAGAAGUUGAUCAGAAUGCUUUGGGAGCAGAAGGUGUUAGCAAGGUUGAGGUCAAAACAAAGAAGAGCAAGAAUAAGAAAAAUGAUUUAGAUCAUAAAACUGAUGAUAUGGAGGAGAAGGAUGCUGUUUCCGUGCCUAAAGAUGAAGAACCAGAAUUUGAUGGGGAAAAGCUUGAAAUGUCUUUAUCAAGUUCUGUUGUAAUACAGAAUAAUAUGGUUCAAGGAGUUGCUUCAUCAGAAAUUGGAAGUGUACCUAAAUGUUCAUGUGAUGGUCGUACUAGAAAGUUGCUUGUAUUUGAUUUGAAUGGAAUACUGGCGGAUAUCGUUCAGGGCUUUACAGGUCAAUUAAUUCCAGAUGGUAAAGUAUCAUAUAGAUCAGUCUUCAGGAGGCCUUUUGUUUCCAGUUUUCUCGACUUUUGCUUUGAGAGAUUUAAUGUUGCGAUAUGGUCCUCCAGGCGCAUUGGGUUGGAUUAUAUGGUCAGCAUUGUAAUGAGAAACUAUGCGAGGAAUCUGUUGUUCUGUUUUGAUCAGAAUAAAUGCACUACAACGAAGUUUAAAACUCAGGAGAAGAACGAUAAGCCUCUGUUCCUCAAGGAUCUACGAACAGUAUGGGAACGUGUUGGGACAUGCAUCAGUUGUGGAAACCGAAAGUAUGAUGAGACAAACACUUUGCUAGUUGACGAUUCACCCGACAAGGCUUUGUGUAAUCCUCCAUACACUGGAAUCUUCCCUUCCCCGUACCAGUACACAGACCAUCAAGAUUCUGCAUUGGGACCUGAGGGUGAACUAAGGAAGUAUCUUGAAAGAUUAGCGGAUGCGGAGAACGUUCAGAAGUUUGUCGCAGAGAAUCCAUUUGGUCAGACUGCCAUAACUGAGACGCACGAGUCAUGGGAGUUUUACUCUAAGGUCGUCGAGGCACAUAAGUAAUCCCUCCACCGAGGACUUGACCAUGUAAUUGCCGCUCACAACAACUAAGUGUUCAUGGACAGAUUAAGUUACUUCCGGUGGAGAAACUCUACUCCCUGAAACUUCAAUUUAGCUCACUUCACUUCACAUUUUUGUUUAUCUUUGUAAUUUCUUGUGUUUCAAAGACCAGCCUCAUUAUAUACAUUAUCUGUUUAUGAUAAUAAUCUAGAUUCAAAUUGGUAA